AUGAUGUCAUCCCCACGUGAUGAAUCUUCCGAAAAUAUGUUUUAUGACUUAGAUGAUGACCUUAGACGCCAUAACUUGUUUAGCAAAGAAGAAGAUGAAAAGUUGAAAAAUGUUAUAGAAAAGUUUUAUCAUAAUGAUAUGCGAAAGGUCAAUUGGAGCUUUGUUUCAUCUAUGAUGUCAAACAAGAACAAAAGACAAUGCAAAGAUAGAUAUAUAAAUUAUCUCCGUGAUGGGCUUAAUAAUGACAUAUUUACCCCAGAGGAGAAUUACCUUCUUCUAUGCAAAGUAGAAGAGUUUGGACACAAAUGGCGCAUGAUCUCAAAGUUUUUCAUAAACCGUACAGAUAUCAUGAUUAAGGCCCAAUAUCGAAAAUUGUUACGUCGUAAUGCCACAAAAGAAAAUGUUAGAUUCAUGGCAAUUGAAAAACCAAGAAAGAAAUAUCCAAGAAGUGCUGUAAACACAGGAACUCAAAAUGAGUCAGAAACAGAUAAGUACGAGUUGAACGAUGAUCAUUCAUUUCCUAUUGAUGAUAUGAUCAUAAAUAUUGACCUACUUUUAGAUCCUGUUAACGAUCUUGACAAUUUUGAUGAAUUUAACCAUUUUUAUGCUUGCUAA